GGCGACUUCCUGGUGUGACUCUUAGCAAAGUUUCAAGAUUUUAGCAAACUACGACUGACCAGUGCAUCGUCGGACUAACAAUCCCGGUUUUCAUCGUUGUUGGCGCAUAUAAUGUUGUCAUAAAACAAACAUGAUUAUAACUGUACAUGCAGUAAUUGAUGGACACACAUCCCGUGUGCCUGUUGAGAUUGAACCUCAUGAUAGUAUUGAGAGUUUAGUUUAUGCAUUCUGCUACCAGCAAGGUGCACCUGCACACAGAACAUAUGUCGUCAGAAAUGAAAAAGAAGAUAUCCUGGAUUUUUCUAAAAGUCUUGCCUUAUGUGGUAUUGAAGACAGUGAUACGGUAUACAUUACUGAAGGAGAUGAGCCGGUGGAAUAUCUUCCCUCUCCUCAGAUGCCUUUAACAUACAACCCCUUCUUAAUUUUGGGAAUUGUAUUAACAACAGUGGGAAUUGUGGGUAUUGUUAUAGUAGCAGUUGUACAAAAUACCGCUCAUCCUGAAAUACAAAAAGGGUAUGGUUUGUCAUGGGAUGCUGGUUCAACUCAUUCCAAACUACACGUAUAUCAUUGGCCGGUGGAGAAGGAAGAUACAACAGCCCUAGUAACACAAAUAGACCAAUGCAGAGCUGAUGGUGGCGGUCUUUCAAGUUAUUUAGAUAAUCCACAAGAUGCAGGCAAGUCUUUGGAGCCAUGCAUAGAGAAGACAGCCAUGUCAGCAGUGCCAAAAGAUGAAUAUUCACAAACACCUAUCAUGUUAGGUGCUACAGCUGGUAUGCGAUUGUUAGAAAAAGAGGAUAAGAAUGUUAGUGAUGCGAUAAUAUCCUCAGUGUGGACCAGUCUUGAGCAAUAUCCAUUUAAUGUCACUAAUGUUAGUAUCAUAAGCGGUGAAUCUGAAGGCUCAUUCUCAUGGGUGACAGUCAACUAUUUACUGGGUAACUUUGUAGAGGUCCCAGCCUCUCUGUCUUCCAUAUUCUGGACUUCCACAGAAAAGCAUACCGUGGGGGCUAUUGACAUGGGGGGUGCCUCAACACAGAUGACAUUCAUACCUGAAGAUACCACUGUUGUACCAAUUGAAGACCAGAGAUACCUAAAACUUUAUGGAGAGGACUAUCACGUGUACACCCAUAGCUACCUAUGUUAUGGCGUCAGGGAAGCCGAAAGACGAUUUUUAGCAAAUCUUGUAAAGGAUUCCAACUACACGCACACUGUUAUCAAUCCCUGCGCUCCAAUUGGUUACUCAGAACACCGAACAGCUGCUUAUCUUUUUGAUGCAUACUGUAGUCAUGGUGAUGAAGCCUUGUCUGCCUGGGGAUCAGAGGUUGUUAUGCCUAAUGACCUCAAUAUUGACCUCAGUAACAUUACUUUCACUAUAAAUGGCAGUAGUAAUACUACACAGUGCUCAGCGGAGGUUAGAAAGUUGUUCGAUACUCCUCCUUUCCAGAGUGUUUUCAAGCCACCUGUUUUUGGCGAAUACUAUGCAUUCAGUACUUUUUAUUACACCACCAAUAACCUGAAUAUAAGCACUAAUGCAAGUAUGGCUGAAUUCAACAAUACUAUGCUGGCAUUCUGUAAUUUAACAUGGGAUGAGGUUAAAGUCAUGCCGUCCACAGACAGGAGUCUACUUCCAGCUUUUUGUUUUCAAGCUCAGUUUAUCUUUGGAUUUUUAGUCGAUGGCUAUAAAUUUACUCCAGAAACCUGGAAGUUUCAAUUCAGAAAUUCAGUCAGUGGUUCAGAUCUAGGAUGGUCUCUGGGGUUCAUGAUUAACGCUACAAAUCUUAUUCCAUCAGAACAAUCAAAGAGUGCGACACUAUCAACCGGUGUUUUCAUAGCGCUUAUGGUGAUCUUCGGGAUCAUUCUUUGUGUGGGUAUCGCAUUUAUGUUUUAUGCUUGGGUGAAGAAACAACGUCCAUCACCGCUGGCCACUUCUCAUAAAUAUGGCGCCAUUUGAGAGUCUGGGACCAAACUUUCAUAAUAAAGAUUUCCUGUGUCACCGAUUUUAUUUUCUGAAUGCUACCUAUUCAAAUACUUUGAAUUUUUAAUGCAGAAAACUGAUGUAAUUUCACACAGCCAGUAUUGUGCCUUUUAACCUGUGACUGCCAUCACUAGUCACAAUUUGGGAGUUUUUAAAGAAUGAAAUCCAUGCAGGUUCACCAAUUUUCAAU